AUGAAAGUCCGGUCAUGCCUGCGCCUCCUGGCGCCAUCAGUCUGGAGCGUUCAUCGAUCAGUUGGUAGUCAAACGAGAUGGCUUCACAAGACGAGACCCCCACCGGCCAUCCCCCAGCCACGACCGUUCGUGCCCGACGUCCAGACAUUUCUCACCCUCAUCGGCCGCGGACUGAACAAGCACGCGUCCAAGUUUCCGUCGUGGGAAUCCCUCUUUUCCCUGACAUCGCCGCAGCUUAAGGAAGUCGGCAUCGAGCCCCCACGGAACCGUCGGUACCUGUUGCAGUGGAUGCAGCGAUACCGCGAGGGCGCAGUAGGUCCCGGCGGCGACUUUGAGUUCGUCAAGGAUGGCGAGGCAAUCCUCAAGGUCGCCACCCCGCCUGCAUCCGUCGUCAGCGACGCAAAGUAUGUCGUCAACGUUCCGCACGGCGACGAGGGAAGCAUAGAGUCAGCCGAUGCCCUGCCGCGGCCGAAUGGAUACACGGUGCGAGGACUCAACGCAAUAUCCGGUCCAUUCGCUACGCCGCUCCCGGAGAAAGCAGGCGUCAUCGUCAAGGUCACCGAAGGCAUGUGGGAGCACCGGCGAGGGCGCAAGAUUGACGGCGGCGAACGUCGGAGAGCUGAGGUCCGUUUCAAGAAGCGUUCAGCCGAGCGCCGUGCCGAGCGUGAGGCGGAGGCUCUCGCACACAUGUAG